GCACUGCUGGCGCAGUUGGUGGCGCCAUAGUAGUUGGGGGACAAGAUGGCGGCUGAGGGGCUGGAGGUGGCGGGGAGCACAAGCUGUGGCGGAGCCGGGACCGAGAGGGCCCUCGGCGGGGGAGGCGAGGGCGGCGAGAGCGGCCUGGACAUUGGCGGUCCCAACCAAGACUUGCUUCCAGACCCGCCAAGUGACAGUAUCAGUAAGCAAGAAGACACCAAAGCAGUGCAAGGGUGCAAUGGAGUUAACACUGAAGCCAGCGUGUCAAGGCUCAAGGACCCCUAUGCAAGUGAAGAGAACUGUCAAUAUCCUGCCCCCGAGGAGGAACACGCAGCAGUGGCUACCCCUGUGGCAACGGAAGAAGCCUCCCUCUCAUACCCUCUGGAGUUUGAGAAGUACUGGAAGGCAGCUCACGAGAAUCCUCAUGACUUCACAGCAUGGACCGAACUGCUGCAGUAUGUGGAACAAGAGAAUCACAUCUUUGCAGCACGAAAAGCUUUCGACGCCUUUUUUGCUCGCUACCCCUACUGCUACGGCUACUGGAAGAAGUAUGCGGACAUGGAGAGGCGCUUCGACUUCAGCAAGGAGACAGAGGAGGUGUUCGAACGAGGGCUGCAGUCCAUCCCCCUCAGCAUGGACCUCUGGAUCCAUUACAUUUCUUACUUACAGGCCACCUUAGAUAUGAACCUUCCUGAGUCCAUACAGAAGAUCCACAGUGUGUUUGAGUCAGCCGUGGCUGCUGCAGGAAUGGACUUCCGCUCAGACAAACUGUGGGAGAUGUAUGUGGAGUGGGAGAAAGAACAAGGUGACCUGAAGGCCAUCACAGCAAUUUAUGACCGAGUGCUCUCCACACCAACCCAGCUGUACAGCCACCACUGGGAAAAGUUCAAGGAGCAUGUGAUGAGCAACUCCCCCAAAGACAUCCUGUCUGCAGAGGAGCUGCUCUGGUUGCAAUCCAAGAUCACCACGGACACAGUACAGAAAAGUGUGGAGACAGAGGUGGAGGAGGUGCCGCCUGGGGAAGACCUGCCUCCGGGGGUGGAAGUGAAGUCCGAAACAGGAGCGGAUGCCCAGGUACCACGCUUCUCAGCCUCCUACCCAAAUGAUGCAGACUUUGACAGUUAUUCUGAGCUGACAUCUGCUGUCAGGGGAGACCUGGACCAGGACAAGAUCCGGGAGCUUGUUAUUUCCAUCCGGCAGCAAGUGUACACCCAGAACGAGACAGAAGUCAGCAAGCGCUGGAACUUUGAGGAAGGGAUCAAGAGGCCAUACUUUCAUGUCAAGCCGCUGGAACGAGCACAGCUGAAGAACUGGCGUGACUAUCUGGACUAUGAGAUCACCAGUGGCUCCCACGAGCGCACCAUUGUGCUUUUUGAGCGCUGCGUCAUUGCCUGUGCCCUCUACGAGGAGUUCUGGAUCAAGUACACGAAAUACCUUGAGAACCACACUGUGGCUGGGGCCAGGAGCGUCUUCCAACGAGCUUGUGGCUACCACCUCCCCAGGAAGCCCAACAUCCACCUCCUGUGGGCUGCAUUUGAAGAGAAACAAGGAGACCUGGAGGAGGCACGUCGCAUCUUGAAGUCUUAUGAGGAGUCCAUCCCUGGGCUGGCUAUGGUUCGGCUGCGGAGGGUGAGCCUGGAGCGGCGACAUGGCAACCUGGAGGCAGCUGAGGCUCUGCUGCAGGAAGCCAUACGAGACAAUGAGGGGAUGCCCCUGGCCUCAUUCUAUGCCAUCAAGCUGGCCCGACAGGUGUUGAAAGUGCAGAAAAAUCUGAUAAAGGCUCGGAAGGUUCUCAUGGAAGCACUAGAGAAAGACCCGGAAAAUGCAAAGCUCUACACCAACCUCCUGGAGAUAGAGUUCAGCGCUGAUGUCAGGCAGAAUGAAGGCAACACCAUGAACUGCUUUGAGAGAGCCCUGAGCAGUGGCCUCCCUGAGGAGACGAAGAUUGUCUUCUCACAGCGCAGAGUGGAGUUCCUUGAGGACUUUGGGUCCAGCAUACACAGCUUGCUGACAGCGUAUGAUGAACACCAAAAGUUCCUCAAACACCAGAUGACCAGGAAAAGAGCCCCUGAAAAUGGCUGCACUGACGAACCAGAAGACAAAAAGCUGAGAGCUGAGGACUCUCCUGGGAUGGUCAACCCUGCGGUCACUACUGCAGGCAUCCCACCACUGAUGGGUGGAGAUAUCAAUCCAACAGCCGCUUAUAACUACAGCACCUGGUAUCAGAACUACGGCGUCUACGGGUAUCAGAAUCCAUGGAACUACAGCCAAUAUUACUCUCAGAGCUGAAAGUGACGGUGUGAGAUGCAUGACCAGUUCAAAAGUUCAAGGAGUAGCCGCUUUACACUUGCUUCCAAGAAAACAAGAAGUGACAGGAAAGUGGCUGUUGACUCUCUUUGUAAGAGAGGGAAACUGAACUGCCUUGUUAAAAAGCCCCAUUUCUCCUCUCAUUGCAGUGAGCUGCCCUAACUCCUUCCUUAGCCCACAUUACGAACCAGGUUAGAUCAUGUCUAGCCUUCACCUCUAAUGGCAGCCACAGAGUGGGCACUGCCUCUUUGCACUGAACUGAUCUCUUUCAGGUGGAAAUGUCUAAGAAUCCCUUCCUGUAUACAGGACUCACACUGGCCUCACUGCAGACACAAUGGGGAUCCAAAAGCUGAACUCAUUAGCAGCAGUAACAAAGGAACAAUCCCUUAUUGGAGCUCAUAGAGCAGAACUUUUUUUUUUAUUAAUUUUAUUGGAACAGGCACCCAGGGAAGGGUCAUUUUGUAAACUUUUCCUGUACAUUUCAUGUGGUAUAAAUAAAUGUGCAAUUAAGCAGA